AUGGUAUUUCGCGAUGCGGAUGGCAAUGUGAGGGUCGCGCGGCCGACGGUAGAGGAAAGUAUGGCGGCGUGCGCUGCGAUCGGCGAUGGUUGCGGCAGCAGACUCUGCUGCGAUGGUACACAUUUCAACGGACCCGAAGGCCCAUCUGCCCGGGUUGAGAAAGAGCUUAUGUAUUUCACACGCUGGUGUUGGCCAGAGCAGACCAAAGCCGCACCAUAUAUGUUCGCGGUUUCUGGCGGCCUAGAGCUGAUUUCACCCAACCCAAGGGUGUUCGUCUUUAAGAAUGUCGCGUUUAGAGGGCCGAGAGACGUAGCGAAGAUCUUGGGUAAGCUUGGAGGACAGCAGUUUCGCGGGUGGCAUUCGUUUUGCGGGAUCUACGAGGAUGACGACGAGUCAAGCAAGCAUGUUCUCGCCCGGCCCUCUCAUAUCGAGAUUGACUGUGGUAAUCCAUUCACCAAUAUCCCCGGCGAUGUCUUCAACGCCACCGCUGCACUCUAUGAUCCUCCAGGCCGGUACGUGGACGAGAUUGGCGGGUGGGUGACCGACUGCCAUGCCGCCGUGCCCUCCGUUGCCCUCCGGAUCGAUGGGGUCGACAUGUGGUUUGAGAAGAAAGCGCUGCUGGGCUCGCCAAUAUCACUCAAGUCGGGCCCGGAUUACUGUAUGCUGGGGUUGCAGCCUGACAACGGAAGUGGUCUCGGCAGCGCAGGCGCCACUUGGCUGUAA